GCGAUGAUUGAUUGUGCGUGGGUGUACGCCAUUACCAUAUGCCGUGCCACACCGCAUUACCACCCACAAAACUCUUCUCCCUUUCUCUGUCUCUACACUCCAACUGAGAAAGAGAGAGAGAGAGAGAGAAAAUCAAAGAGGCCGCACGUUCCCCCAUCAGCAUCACGACCCGAACCUCGCGCCGCCCCCCCCCCCCCCCACUUGCCCCACCCCCUUCGGCAUCUGUGCUCCCCUCCCCUCCCCGGCGGCGCACCGCCGCCCUCGCCGGCGCCGAUCUCCCCCCGGCGGCUCCGAUCCCCGCGGCUCCGAUCGCUCCUAGGCAAGUUCGUACGGGGCUUCUCGCUCUCGCUCUCGCUCUUUUGCUUCGUGUGGUUGGUUCCCCUCCUGAGUUGUUGAUGUGUUGUUGGUGGUGGGGUAGUACGGUCGCGCUGCGGGUUGGCGAAUUCAUGGUCCUCGAGCUUCAAAGUUGGAGUCUUGAGGGGUUCGCCUGUUGAUUAGGGGCCCGAUUGUUAUGUGGGUGGCUCUCAAUUGGAAACAUGGAUGUGCCUGUGGACUGUUUCUCGACUUUUGGGGCAGAACUGAAGCUGAUUAGGUGAAAACUUCUUGGGGUUGGAUCGUUUUUUGGGGGGUGCUUCCGUGGUUUGAUGCGAUAUUCGAGCGGGUUUUGAUUUCUUCGAGCUGUCGUAGUUUUGGGUCUUCUUCCUGGGUUCGUGGGUCGGUUCCGUACGGGCCUGAGGAUUUUUGGGAGAUCUUGGUGACCGGAGAUGGAGGCUAGAGUCGAGGCGCAAGCGCGUCAUUUCUACGGGCUGCCUCCGGCUGACUUGCGUGCGUUGGGAAAGAGGAGUUUAGAAUGGGAUUUGAAUGAUUGGAAGUGGGACGGCGAUCUGUUCGUCGCUAGGCAGCGGAAUCCGGUUUCGUCUGAUUAUCCUGGCCGGCAGCUUCUCCCGCUCGAGAAUCGGAUUCCCGCAGCUGGCAAUUCGUCCAAUAGCUCGUCGUCGUGCUCCGAUGAAGUCAAUUUGAGAACUGAUGAUGGAAAGAGGGAGCUCGAGAAGCGUCGGAGGGUCAUUGUUGUUGAGGACGAUGAUAAUUUGGAUGAUAAAGCUGGCGGCCUCACUUUGAAGCUCGGAGGGCAAUGUUUUCCAGUUCCUGAAAGGGAUGUGGGAUCUUGGGAAGGGAAUAGUGGGAAGAAGACUAAGCUUGCUGGAGGUUCUACAAGUCGAGCAGUUUGUCAGGUAGAAGACUGUGGUGCUGAUCUCAGUAAUGCAAAGGACUACCAUAGACGGCACAAGGUAUGUGAGAUGCACUCCAAAGCCACCAAAGCACUUGUGGGGAACAUCAUGCAGAGGUUUUGUCAACAGUGCAGUAGGUUCCAUGCCCUUCAAGAAUUUGAUGAAGGAAAGAGAAGUUGUCGCAGACGUUUAGCUGGCCACAAUAAACGCAGGAGGAAAACAAAUCCUGAAGCAACCCCUAAUGCAAAUUCCGUUAACGAUGAGCAGGCUAGCAGUUAUCUGCUGAUGAGCUUAUUGAAGAUACUGUCGUCUAUGCACUCCAAUCAGUCAAAACAAGAUACAGAUCAGGAUUUGCUAUCUCAUAUUCUCAGAAGCGUUGCCAAUGGCACUAGCGGGCAUGGGGAAAGGAACAUAUCUGGCCUCUUACAGGAAUCUCAAGUUAUUCUCAAUGGUGGAGCCUCUCUUGCAAAAUCAGAAUCGGUUCCUCCCAUGUCCUCAAAGGGUGUUGAAGGACCUUCAAGGCUCGUUCAACCUCAAGCUGCAGGGCCUGCAUCGCAAAUACCAGCAGAUGGCAGAGAUGCAACCGGAGGGCAGAGCAAGCUGAAUAACUUUGAUCUGAAUGAUGCUUAUAUUGACUCCGAUGAUGGCAUGGAGGACCUUGACAGGUCGCCUGUCCCUGCAAAUUUGGGCACCAGUUCUCUUGAUUGUCCUUCAUGGAUGCAACAAGAAUCUCACCAGUCUAGCCCACCUCAGACAAGUGGGACUUCAGAUUCAGCAUCUGCUCAAUCACCUUCUAGUUCAAGCGGUGACACCCAGAGCCGGACAGACCGAAUUGUUUUCAAAUUAUUCGGGAAAGAACCCAAUGAUUUUCCUCUUCUCCUACGAGCACAGAUACUCGACUGGCUAUCUCACAGUCCUACUGACAUUGAGAGCUACAUUAGGCCUGGUUGUAUUGUUCUUACAGUUUAUCUUCGUCAAGACGAGGAUGCCUGGGAGGAGCUUUGCUACGACCUGAGUUCCAGUUUAAAUAGGCUUCUGGAUGUCUCAGAUGACUUUUUCUGGAAGACUGGAUGGAUGUAUAUCAGAUUGCAGCAUCAAAUGGCAUUUAUCUACAAUGGUCAGGUUGUUGUUGACACAUCAUUGUGUCUUAGGAGUAUGAACUGCAGUAGAAUUAUGAGCAUUAGACCUAUCGCCGCAUCGUCUUCUGAAACAACUCAGUUUUUGGUUAAAGGCUUUAGCAUGUGUCACCCUGAAACAAGGUUGUUGUGUGCUCUCGAAGGCACGUAUCUAGUUCAAGAAGCAACUCUGGAGUUGAUGGAUGAGGAGGAUAGCCUAGAGGAGCAAGAUGAACUCCAAUGUGUUAAAUUUUCUUGUUCUAUCCCGAGAGUGACUGGAAGGGGAUUCAUCGAGGUCGAAAAUUGUGGUCUCCCAGGCAGCUUCUUCCCUUUCAUUGUAGCAGAGAGUGAUGUGUGCUUGGAGAUACGUUCACUUGAGAAUGCUUUGGAGUUCAUUGAAGCUGAUGUGGAUGAUCAUGGGACUUCGAAAUUUGCAGCGAAGAAUCAAGCAUUUGAAUUCAUACAAGAAAUGGGUUGGAUUCUUCAUAGAAGUGGGUUGAGGUCUAGAUUGGGACAGCUGGAUCCAUACGCUGACUUGUUUUCAUUUAAACGGUUUAAGUGGCUCAUGGAGUUCUCCAUGGAUCAUGAUUGGUGUGCGGUGGUAAAGAAGCUCUUGGAUAUUCUGUUUGAUGGAACAGUUGGUGCAGGGAAGCACCCUUCAAUAUAUCGUGCAGUGCUUGAGAUGGGCCUCGUUCACAGGGCUGUGAGGAGAAACUGUAGGCCUCUUGUUCAGCUUCUUUUGAGAUACGUACCUCAGAGUGUCUCAGAAAGAUUAGAAUCUGAACUGAAGUCCCUGAUCAAUGGAAGUCAUCAGAACCUCUUGUUUAGACCUGAUGCUGUAGGCCCUGCAGGGUUGACACCUCUUCACAUUGCUGCCGGUAAAGAUGAUUCAGAGGAUGUACUGGAUGCGUUAACUGAUGACCCUGGAAUGGUUGGUAUUGAGGCAUGGAAAACUGCUCGAGAUAGCUCGGGAUCCACACCAGAAGAUUAUGCUCGCUUGCGUGGCCACUACUCAUAUAUCCACCUAGUCCAGAAGAAAAUCAACAAGAGACCGUCACUGCCCCAUGUGGUUCUUGAUAUCCCAGAUGCGGUCCCAGACAGCAAUGGCGCUCAGAAGCAGAAUAAAGAAACCACGAGCAGCUUUGAGAUUGGAAAGACGGAACUGCAGCUCGCUCAUCAGAGUUGCAAGCUGUGUAGCCAAAAGCUGGCUUAUGGUAUGAGAAGCAGGUCACUAUUGUACAGGCCAGCAAUGCUGUCGAUGGUGACCAUCGCCGCAGUUUGUGUCUGCGUGGCUCUUCUAUUCAAGAGCUGCCCGGAAGUCCUUUACGUGUUCCGGCCCUUCAGGUGGGAAUUGUUGGAGUACGGAUCAAGCUAAGGCCAGUGAGUUCGUUCCGUGAUGAGAAUAAUUAGGUGUUUGUAUUAUUUGUAUGCUCCUGUGAACUGUAAAGUUUGAGAAUCUAUGUAGAAUUAUUACUUGGAAAGAUUGUAAGAUUUCUUAAAUGUACAAUGGACAUAUUUACUCUC